AUGGUAGCGAAACAAAGGAUUCGAAUGGCCAACGAGAAGCACAGCAAAAACAUUACACAGAGGGGAAACGUUGCAAAGACUCUGUCUAUAGUAAGCGAAGAGAAGUAUCCUGUUGGGCCCUGGCUUUUAGCUCUCUUUGUAUUUGUUGUCUGUGGAUCAGCCAUCUUUCAGAUUAUCCAAAGUAUCCGGAUGGGCAUGUGA